GAAGGGGCUGUGCUGCUGCUGCUGCUGCUGCUGCGCCUUGCCUUUCUCUCGGCUUCCCGAGGAGGAGGAGGAGGAAGGAGCGCGGCCUGAGGAGGAGCAGCCGGGUGGCUUCGCAGCGGGCAUGGAGGACGAGGGCUUCUCCCCGCCGCCGCUCUCCCCCUCCUGGCCGGGGGCCGAGGGCCGAGCAGCCCUUUAAGAGAAACAAAGAGAGGACCCGGUUCGGGGCGGCGGUUCCUUUUGUGCGGCUCCCUCGCUUCCUGCCGCCCCCCCCCGCACCCCGAAAGUAUGAGAGGGCGGCCGAGGUGCUGCUGCCCCCGCUGCCCCCGCUCUCCGCCUCCUCCGCCUCGCCGCCGCCGCCGCCGGUGACUGAGCCCGAGGAGCGAAGAUGGGCGCCGUCCUGAGGAGCCUCCUGGUCUGCGGCUUGUGCUCCCUGGCGAGAGGUUCUCCUCUGUUGCUAUAUGCAAAUCGGCGUGACCUGCGACUGGUAGACGCUGCACAGGUGAAUGAGAAUGCUACAGUUGUGGUGGGUGGCUUGGAGGAUGCAGCUGCUGUGGACUUUGUAUUCAUCCACAGCUUGAUAUACUGGAGUGAUGUAAGCGAAGAAGCCAUUAAGCGAACAGAAUUCAACAAAUCAGGGAGUGUGCAAAAUGUGGUUAUUUCUGGGCUUUUAUCACCUGAUGGGCUAGCUUGUGAUUGGCUAGGCAAAAAACUAUACUGGACGGAUUCUGAAACAAACCGGAUUGAAGUUUCCAAUUUAGAUGGAUCGUUGCGAAAAGUUUUAUUCUGGCAAGAAUUGGAUCAACCCAGAGCAAUUGCCUUAGAUCCUGCAAGAGGGUUCAUGUACUGGACUGACUGGGGAGAAGUGCCAAAGAUAGAACGUGCUGGGAUGGAUGGCUCAAGCCGCUCAGUUAUAAUCAACGCAGAUAUUUAUUGGCCAAAUGGAUUGACCUUGGAUUAUGAAGAACAGAAGCUCUAUUGGGCAGAUGCUAAACUGAACUUCAUUCACAAAUCAAAUCUGGAUGGAACAAAUAGGCAAGCUGUCAUUAAAGGGUCUCUUCCACAUCCUUUUGCUCUGACAUUAUUUGAGGAUACACUGUAUUGGACUGACUGGACCACACGUUCUGUCCUGGCUUGCAACAAAUACACUGGGGAGAACCUGCGUGAAAUACAUUCCAAUAUAUUUUCUCCCAUGGAUAUUCAUGUGUUCAACCAACAACGGCAGCCCAGUGCUACAAACCCUUGUGGAACCAAUAACGGUGGUUGCUCCCAUUUAUGUUUGAUGUCUCCUGUCAAGCCCUCUUAUCAGUGUGCAUGUCCCACAGGCGUGAAACUCCUUGAAAAUGAAAAAACCUGCAAAGAUGGUGCCAUGGAGCUGCUUCUGUUAGCCCGGAGAACUGAUUUGAGACGGAUAUCAUUGGAUACUCCAGAUUUCACUGAUAUUGUUUUGCAACUGGAAGAUAUUCGACAUGCCAUUGCUAUUGACUAUGAUCCUGUAGAAGGGUACAUCUACUGGACAGAUGAUGAGGUGAGGGCCAUCCGGCGCUCUUUCAUUGAUGGGUCGGCUAGUGAGUUUAUUGUCCAAGCACAAAUUGCACACCCUGAUGGCAUUGCUGUGGACUGGAUUGCCCGUAACCUUUAUUGGACUGAUACCGGCACAGACCGCAUUGAAGUAACAAGGCUUAAUGGAACCAUGAGGAAGAUCUUGAUCUCAGAAGACUUGGAAGAACCUAGAGCUAUAGUUUUGGAUCCCAUGGUUGGCUAUAUGUACUGGACUGACUGGGGAGAGAAUCCAAAGAUUGAGAGAGCUGCAUUAGAUGGAUCAGACAGAAUUGUGUUGGUGAAUACUUCUCUUGGCUGGCCAAAUGGCUUGGCUCUGGAUUAUGCUGAAAACAAGAUAUACUGGGGAGAUGCCAAAACAGACAAAAUUGAGGUCAUGAACACAGAUGGAACUAGCAGGAGAGUCCUUGUGGAGGAUAAGCUUCCUCAUAUAUUUGGUUUCACUUUGUUGGGGGACUAUGUUUAUUGGACAGACUGGCAAAGGCGAAGCAUUGAGCGAGUUCAUAAGGAGACAGCGGAAAGGGAGAUCAUCAUAGACCAGCUUCCUGACCUCAUGGGUCUGAAGGCUGCAAAUGUCCACCAGAUACUUGGUACAAAUCCCUGUGCAGAGUCCAAUGGGGGUUGUAGCCACCUUUGCCUGUACAGGCCUCAAGGUUUGCGCUGUGCCUGCCCCAUAGGCCUGGAGCUGAUCAGUGACAUGAAGACCUGCAUAGUCCCAGAAGCUUUCCUGCUGUUUUCUCGCAGAGCAGAUAUCAGGCGGAUCUCUCUUGAGACGAACAACAACAAUGUUGCCAUCCCACUCACAGGAGUUAAAGAAGCUUCUGCUCUGGAUUUUGAUGUAACUGACAAUCGCAUAUAUUGGACAGACAUUUCAUUAAAGACCAUCAGCAGAGCAUUCAUGAAUGGUAGUGCCUUGGAGCAUGUAGUGGAGUUUGGCUUGGAUUACCCGGAAGGCAUGGCUGUGGAUUGGCUUGGAAAGAACCUGUAUUGGGCCGAUACUGGAACAAAUCGUAUUGAAGUGUCAAAGUUAGAUGGGCAGCAUCGCCAGGUUCUAGUGUGGAAGGAUUUGGACAGUCCUCGGGCAUUAGCACUGGAUCCUGCUGAAGGAUUCAUGUACUGGACAGAAUGGGGUGGAAAGCCCAAAAUUGACAGAGCUGCCAUGGAUGGUAGUGAACGUACAACAUUGGUGCCAAAUGUGGGACGGGCUAAUGGGCUGACAAUUGAUUAUGCUAAAAGAAGAUUGUACUGGACUGAUUUGGAUACCAACCUAAUUGAGUCUUCAAAUAUGCUAGGUCUUGACCGUGACGUUAUAGCAGAUGACUUGCCUCAUCCAUUUGGUCUGACUCAGUACCAGGAUUACAUCUAUUGGACAGACUGGAGCCGGCGAAGCAUUGAACGUGCCAACAAGACCAGUGGCCAAAACAGAACUGUCAUCCAAAACCACUUGGAUUAUGUGAUGGAUAUCCUAGUAUUCCAUUCAUCUCGUCAAGCGGGCUGGAACGAAUGUGCCUCCAGUAAUGGGCAUUGUUCCCACCUCUGCUUGGCAGUGCCUGUUGGUGGUUUUGUCUGCGGAUGUCCAGCUCACUAUUCCUUGAAUUCUGACAACAGAACGUGUAGUGCCCCUACCAGUUUCCUGCUCUUCAGUCAGAAGAAUGCAAUAAAUCGCAUGGUGAUAGAUGAGCAGCAGAGUCCAGAUAUUAUCCUUCCAAUCCAUAGCCUCAGGAACAUCCGAGCCAUUGACUAUGACCCUGUAGACAAGCACCUGUACUGGAUUGACUCUCGGCAAAACAUUAUCAGGAGGUCACAGGAGGAUGGCAGUCAGAGCUUUACGGUUGUGAUGAGUCCAGUUCCAAAUCAGAACCUAGACAUACAACCCUAUGAUCUGAGUAUUGACAUCUACAGUCGUUAUGUUUAUUGGACUUGUGAAGCCACAAAUGUAAUCAAUGUUACACGCCUGGAUGGAAGGCUGAUGGGGGUGGUGCUGAAAGGAGAUCAGGAUCGGCCCAGGGCCAUUGUUGUGAACCCAGAAAAAGGGUACAUGUAUUUCACCAAUCACCAAGAGAGGUCUCCUCCUAAAAUAGAAAGGGCUGCACUAGAUGGAACUGAACGUGAGGUCUUAUUUUCCAGUGGACUGAGCAAGCCUGUAGCCUUGGCAAUUGACAACCAGUUGGGGAAGUUAUUCUGGGCAGAUUUUGACCUCCGGAAAAUUGAGAGCAGUGACCUUUCAGGAGCCAAUCGGAUAGUCUUAGAAGAUACCAACAUACUACAACCAGUAGGGCUGACUGUGUUUGAAAACUGGCUGUACUGGAUAGACAGACAUCAACAGAUGAUUGAAAAGAUUGACACAACACUUCGAGAGGGACGUAUGAAAGUUCAGGCUCGUAUUACCCAGCUCAGCGAUAUUCAUGCUGUUAAGGAACUCAACAUACAGGAGUACAGACAGCACCCCUGUUCCCAAGAUAACGGUGGUUGCUCACACAUUUGCAUUGUCAAAGGUGAUGGAACGACACGUUGUUCCUGCCCUGUGCACCUUGUCUUGCUUCAGGAUGAACUUUCUUGUGGAGAACCACCAACAUGCUCUCCUCAGCACUUCACAUGUUUCACAGGGGAGAUUGACUGUAUUCCUGCGGCUUGGCGCUGUGAUGGGUUCACUGAAUGUGAAGAUGCCAGUGAUGAAAAGAACUGCCCCAUGUGCUCAGAGUCCCAGUUCCAGUGCGAGAGUGGCCAGUGCAUUGACAGUAUCCUUCAGUGCAAUGGAGAAGCAAAUUGUCAGGAUAGCUCAGAUGAAAAGAAAUGUGAAGUGCUUUGUUUAACAGAUCAGUUCCGAUGUGCCAGUGGGCAGUGCAUUGGGAAAAACAAGAAAUGUGACCACAACUUUGACUGCAGUGAUAGCUCUGAUGAACAGGGAUGCUACACAACAGAGGAACCAGCCCCGCAAGCCACCAAUACAAUAGGUUCUAUCAUUGGUGUGAUUCUCACAGUUUUUUUGGUUGGUGCCAUGUACUUUGUUUGCCAGAGGGUAUUGUGUCAGCGCAUGAAAGGGGAUGGAGAAACCAUGAGCAAUGACUAUGUCGCACAUGGACCAGCUUCUGUACCACUGGGCUACGUUCCUCACCCAAGCUCUCUCUCUGGAUCUCUUCCUGGAAUGUCCCGUGGCAAAUCUGUGAUCAGCUCACUCAGUAUUAUGGGUGGAAGUAGUGGACCUCCAUAUGAUAGAGCCCAUGUUACUGGGGCAUCAUCCAGCAGUUCUUCAAGCACCAAGGGCACUUACUUCCCUCCAAUUUUGAAUCCUCCUCCAUCACCAGCUACUGAGCGUUCACAUUACACUAUGGAAUUUGGAUAUUCUUCAAAUAGUCCAUCUACCCAUCGAUCGUACAGUUACAGGCCAUACAGCUACCGGCAUUUUGCCCCUCCCACUACACCAUGCAGCACAGAUGUUUGUGACAGUGACUACGCCCCCAGCCGUAGAGUGAUGGCAACUGUGGGAAAGGGUUACACCAGUGAUUUGAACUAUGAUUCUGAGCCUGUACCCCCACCGCCCACACCACGCAGCCAGUACUUAUCGGCAGAGGAGAACUAUGAGAGCUGCCCACCAUCUCCAUACACAGAACGGAGUUACUCUCAUCACCUCUAUCCACCGCCCCCUUCUCCUUGCACAGACUCCUCAUGAGAGACUCCCUCCCUCCUUUGACUGCCUCCAACCCACCAGUGUAAAUACUAACUGUCCUUAUCAAGAGGGGGGAGGACAUGAGGCAGGCUAUAGUGUGUACAGCUGAAAAUUAUUAAAUGAGGGUGGGGGUUAUAUUGCAUAUAUCUUGUACAGAAAGGGGGUGGGGAGAGAGAGAAGGUUAUUUAUAUAUUUUCCUAAAACAGUUUGCUGCUUUGUGCCAUAAGAAAAUUUUAAAAUUUGUAUACGAAGUUUGUUGUUUAUUUUUCCAAAUGGAACACAAGAAGAUGCCUUAAAAUUUGUGAAGUGACUGAGCACAUAGGGAAAUAGAAGGAUCAAGGUUGUGUUGCUGUUCAAUGAGCCAAACACCAAAAAGGAAAAGAAAAGAGCUUUUGACAAGGAAUAGAACUAAGGGAACCGACCAUAAAGCAGCAUAUAUAAACGUCUUCAAAGAGCUGAAUAACCUCUGGCAUUUGCUCUGAUGGACCAGCAAUUCAAAUUAAAGCUGAAGAAAACUGAUAACUAAUGGUACAUAAACCGGACAGAUAACUAAUGGUACAUAAAGGGCUUUAUUCUCAGAAGUGAAAUCAUGGAUGCUUAUACACUUUUGAAAAUGGCACCUUUUUGUUUAAUUCACAUUUUCUGAAGUAGCCAAGUUGCAUCAUUUCUACGUUUGUCCCUUUCUAGGUGUUCUGUCAUUUUCUUGGCUGUGGUUAUGUUUCAAGUCUCUGUGUGUGUGCUAAAAAGAACAAUAUAGGUGUUCAGUGGCUGUUUAUUGGGUGCCACAAUAACCUUCUGAGAGGAUAAUAAGGAGUGGGCCUCGAGCUUGCUUACUUCUUCCCUUAUGUCUCCCUGCUCCAUUUUGCAGAGCCAGGAAGGUCUCUUUGUUAGCAUCUGUCUGCUGUAAGAGAAUCAAGAGAAGGAGUGCACAAACUUGAGGACUGUUCCUAGUUCCACCACCCUGUUAACUCUUUGGAGCUGAGUAAAGAAUGAAUGGGCCUUUUGUGAAUAUGUAAGUGUGUAUGGGUGCAUGUGUGUGAGAGGAGUCUCCCCCCCCCCUUUCCUGGCAGUACAAUAGGAUUAUGUUCUACCAGGUCAGAGCUAUUCCCAUCAUAAAGACAAGGGUAAUUAUACCUGAAUACCUUUUCCUGCCAGCUCUUUAAAAUGUUUCAGUGCCCAGAAAAGGUGUUGUUGUAUAAAAAUAUAAUGACAUCAUCAUCUAGAUGUCAUAUUUAUAAACUAUAAAAUUUUACUUUCAGUUCUUAGUUUAAUGUAAAUGAAAUGUUAUGUUCUUGCAGUACUUUCAGUGUCUAGUAAAUACCGCAGUAUACAAUGCUUACAUAUAUAUUUUAAAAUGAUAUUUUUCUUUAUUAGGAAACAUUUAAGCGUUUUUCAUUCAGGAUGCACUCUGGACCUCCUUGGUUGUUUGAAACACGUCUUACUGUUGAAGUUAAGUAACCCAGUCUUUGCAGUGCGAUUUCCACUUCCUCUUCUAUGGCAGAAAUUCAGUUCUUAAGCAUAAACUGCUGUGAACAACAGGUUUUUUUACCAUCAUUCUUUGCCAAAGUAUUUUGUUAUCUAUCUAUCUAUCUAUCUAGUUAGUUUCAUUUUCUCUACAACUCUUCCCUGAUUUGAAAGGGGUGCCAGGGCUUCAUUUUAUGGUAGCUUUACAUGCUGGCAAGAAAUCAACAUGUGAAAAAGGCUUUUCUGAAGUUCAGGCUUUGGAACUUGGACAACUAUCACAAAGAGGCUACAGAGCCUUUCUGCUAGAAUAAAAAUAAUAAUAUUGUUACACUGAUUGUAAAUAGAUGUCAGGAAAUCCCAUUAUUUUCACUAAGAGCUGUUUCAUACAUUUCGUGGAAAUCAUAUUAGCCAUGAUUGCACCUGCAUUACAACAUUGGAUGCUGAACUAAAUGAGAAAAACACAAAAUUGAGAUGUGUGUUUUCAAAAACUUGGGAAUACAGAACAGACAUGUCCCGGAAAGUUGCAAUGGGCUACUCCUCCUUAGAGCCUCCUCAUAUUGUAUUUAGAAAUAAAUCACAAUUUCAUGCUUUGUGUCAUGUAGGAAAUACUAGUAUGGGCAUGGCAGCCACAACUACUAUAUAAAAGAAGCCCUUUUAUGUCUGAAAGUUUUCAGGCUCCAAACAUGACCUGCCUUUGAAUCUGUAACUUUCAUGGGGGUUUUGUUUGUUUGUUUGUUUGUUUUUGUUUGUUUAUUUGUUUUGUUUGUUUGUUUUUGCUAACUUGUGCACUGUUACAUUUCAUUCUCAGAGCUCACUUUUAUUUCAACUCCAUGAGCAACCUUGGCAUUUGGAAAUCUAAUGGAUGUACACUAUGUGCCUGAAGAAGCUUUAAAGGAAAUCUAUUUGUAUUCUAGACCUAAGUGCAUUGACAUGGAAGUAAACUUAAAUGAGUUAAUUGAAAUUUGCUUCCAAAGUUAUGCUUGUCAGGAUUUCAGGCCAAAUUUUGGAAUUAGGCUUUGGUUUCAAAGGCUAGCUUGUACAUUUCUACCCCCCCCCCCC